AUGCCCGCCCAAGAAAGCAAACCCCCCACACGACAACAACGCCAGCAAUGUUGGAAAGUGCGCGAUGAGUAUUUUGCAUGUCUCGAUCGACUGAACAUUAUCGAUCCCACCACCGUCGAGAAGGAUCCACAGAAAGCGAAGGAAUGUCUCGAUUGCAAAAAGAAAUACGAGGAUACGUGUUUGGCAAGCUGGGUGGAGUAUUUCAACAAACGACGCGUGUUGGAUGAACGACAAAAGCAGUAUCUCGAGUUUUCAAAGCAGCAAUCACCCAAAUAG